AUGCUCUCCCUUUUGGAACUCGUUUCUCAGAACCAACCCCAUUUUCAGACAAAUCAAGCUCUUCUAGUCCUCGGCCUGCAGAAUGAUUUCCUCCGGCCAGACGGCAAGCUGCCUGUCAGUACCCGCAGUGGAUUCCUGGACCGCAUCAACAUCCUUAUUCCUACCUUUCGCAAGCUCUCAGCAAACGUCAUCUGGAUCCAGACCCUCUACGAGACGGACCGACUCGCAAACGACCCCACUACUGGCGAGGGCGAUGCCGUGGUCGUCGGCGGACUAGUGGACGGAGUUGAGAGCAGCACGGAUGACGACGACGAUCUUCCGAAAGAUCUUAUCCCGCCUACCCAGUCAAGAUCGUCAAAGCAUAAGCAGCGGGCGCUAGACCUGCUGAAGCGAGUUUCAAAUAGAAGGCGUCCCGUUCCGCGUGAGGAGUCUCAAGCCGCCCCCGAAGAGGACGAGGAGCUGUUUCUGCGCCAAUCCAAGACCGGCCCUGCCUGCCUGCCCAACACGCCCGGCGCAGAGUUUGGAGACGCUGUCAAGGGCAAGAUUGAACCUUCAGACACGGUUGUGCAGACGACCAAUUACUCCGCUUUCCAGAGCACUUCGCUUUUGUUGAUUCUGCGCGCACGCCUAGUUACGGAACUGUACAUAUGCGGAUGCAUCACCAAUGUGUCCGUGCUCGCAACAGUCAUUGAUGCAGCGCGGCAUGGCAUCAAGAUCAAUGUGGUGGGAGACUGCCUCGGCUUCCGCAAGCAGUCGCGGCAUGCCAUUGCGCUCAAGAGAAUGGUCGAGUUUUUCGACGCCAACCUUGUCACAAGCUCGGAAAUCGAGGAUCGGAAUCGCCCGGAAGACGACCAACCCCGCCGAGCAUCGCAGCAUGGUUCGACGAAUGAUGAGGAAAACCUGCAGCAAAUGGUGGACAGGUUGAAGCUAAAGGAAGCGAACCACACACAACGGCCCGCUUCGAAAGAAAGCCCACGCUCAACGGGCGAAUCGCCCGCGAUCACCAUCAACGGCCGGCGCCGCAACGUCUCAGAUGCAUCCGCCGCCGAAAGUCGCGCCACCACCGACACUAAGCUUAGCGAUGAGCAAUUCGCAGAGAAGCUGGUGCGGGGCGCAAAGGUUCCAAAUUCGGAGCAGAACAGGCAGCCAGCUGAGAAGCAAAACCUGGUCAAGUCUAAGAUCCGCAUGAGGUCAAGAAGAAGCAAAAGCAAGAAAGAGGACGAGCAGAAAUCGAAGGCAGAGCCAAGUAAAAAGGGCGAGCAAAAGGGCGAACCAAGUUCGAGUCACACCACAGCUGAAAGGACACCAGAUCAGCCGCCUAGAUCGCCCAAGGCAGCGACGCCGACCGUCGAACAGCCACGCCCUUCCGCAAUCACGAAGGCUGAGAGUAGCGACAAGCUGCGGGAAAGCCCUACGAAGGGCGGGCGUUCAUUAAAAUCGUCAGCGUCGCAGCCUGUGUUGUCUUCAGCGAACCUGGAAGGCAAUGAUAAGUUAUCAGCGUCUCGUGUGCGCCUGGCAUUGUCCAGGUCACCAAAGUCUGACUCAAACCAAGAGCUCCCCACUCAACCACUACCACAACAAUCGCUCGCUCAGAGCACAACAGAAGCAGCAAGUGCUACGCCACCUCAAACUGCGACCGCAACCAAGAUGGGCAAGAAGCUACAGUCACUCGCUACGUUCCCAGUGUUGGGUCCCGGUGACCGCAUUGCUGAGGGCGAUUCCCGCAUAAUCUACCGCUUCUUUCCACCAGAUCUGCGCCAUCCUACCGACCCAUCCAAGCCGUUGAAGGAUCUGAUUUUCCGACAGCUGUACAAUGAGGUACGAUGGCAGAAGAUGCUCCACCAGACAGGCGAGGUGCCACGUCUCGUCUGUUGUCAAGGCGAGUUUGGGGCUGACGGCUCAAUGCCCGUUUAUCGACAUCCUACCGACCAAACGCUGCCCCUUCUACAUUUUUCGCCAAAGGUCCAGCUGAUACGGAAGCGAGCUGAGAAGCUGGUCGGUCAUCCUUUGAACCACGUCCUCAUCCAACUGUACCGCUCGGGGAACGACUACAUCUCCGAACACUCCGAUAAGACGCUCGACAUCGUGAAGGGUUCAUCCAUUGUCAACGUCAGUUUUGGCGCCCAAAGGACGAUGCGACUCCGAGCGAAGAAGCCAGCCAAGGCCCGGGAGUCGGAAGAUGCCGCACAGCGUGAGACCCAGCGUGUCGCCAUGCCGCACAACUCAAUGUUCAUCCUCGGACUGGAGUCAAACGAGAAAUGGCUACACGGCAUCAUGGCAGACAAGAGGCUGCCGUCUGAGCGCAGCGAGCCAGAGACAGCUUAUUCGGGGAUACGCAUCUCACUGACCUUCCGCCAUAUCGGCACCUUCCUAGAUGCAAAGAACAGCGUCAUCUGGGGCCAAGGCGCCACCUCCAAAGAUCAGCGCGACGCACAGGACGUCAUAAAUGAUGACGAGGAAGAAACAGAGCGCAUGGUUCGCGCCUUCAGCCGCGAAAACCACGCCACGGACUUUGACUGGGACGAGUGGUACGGUCACGGCUUCGACGUGCUGCACUUGCACGCCCCUCCUGAGGACCUGCCUAUUUUCUUCGCUUCGAAUAACCAGGUCGAGAACAAGAUGAUCCAGAUCUUCCUCUCGGAAGCCAAAAUCAAUCAUACCAUGCUUGAGGCGCCGACGCUUGAAAAACAAUAUGAAUCGGAUCGGCGAGUGUGUUACAGGGACAACGACGUCAACCACACCGAAGUUGUCAUCAACGUACCUAUCUUGCUCUACCUCGACCGAUACUACCCGCUCGACCGCGACGACCGCGGGCGCUACUGCAGCUCCAACUCGUACGACAUGUUCAUCCAGAUCAGCACUCUGCUCAAAUACUGGGUCAACCGUCACGUGCCGACCUACUACGCCGACUUUGUCAAUAUCCUCGAGAGUCUGGAGGAACGGUAUUCCAUGGGUCCCGGGCCUUUUAUUGCGGGACGCAGGUUCUCAAUUGGCGACUGUGGGAUGUGGCCGGCGAUUGAUGAGUUGGUGACGGCGUGGGAUGGGUGGAGCGAGGAGAGGUUUCCGAAGUUGAGCGAGUAUUAUAGAAUGGUUUGGCGGAAGAAGAAGAGUGUCAAGGAGACGAGGGCGGAGUUGCCGACUAUUCGGAAAACGGCAAAGGCGGAGGAA